AUGAGCUCUUCGCUCGAGGCCAAGAUUGUCGUGCUGGGCUCGCAAGGCGUCGGCAAAACAUCGCUCGUCAACCGCUACGUCCGCAAUGCCUUUGACCCGGCCACCACCACCUCGACCGUGGGCGCGUCGUUUGUCACCAAACGCGUCCAGGACAACACUUCAGACACCAUCGUGCGCCUGCAGAUCUGGGACACCGCCGGCCAGGAGCGCUUUCGCAGCAUCUCGCGCCUCUACUACCGCGGCGCCAACGCCUGCCUGCUUUGUUACGAUAUCACCGACGAACACAGCUUCACCGAGAUGACCGGCUGGCUGCAAGAACUGAAAAGCAACCUGGACGACGGGCCCCUGGUAAUCCAUGUUGUCGGCACAAAGUCGGAUAUUGUCGCCGUCGACCCAUCUCGCCGCAAGGUGCCCUUUGAGCGCACCAUCGCCUACGUCGCCGAGCAGCUGUAUCCAGCACAGGCGUCGACCCCGCCACCAACAGCCGGCUAUGGCAGUAUCGUGAACUCCUCCUCCGGCGGCGGCGGCGUGCAGAGCCCCGACAGCAAACGCAGCAGCGGGUUCUGGGGCCAGGAUAUCGGCUGGGACUGCUGCCAUGAAAUCAGCGCCAAGGACGGCGAGGGCGUCGACGAGGUCUUUCAAGUGAUAGCCCGCAAACUGGUGGAGCAGCGCAACAAGACAGUGCAAAACAAUAACGUACAGACCGCCCAAAUAAACACGCGUCCAGCCGAAGGAAAUAAUAAUGGCAGCUUUCGCAUUGGUUUGGGUGAUAAACGACGCAGCUGGCUGGGCUUUCCGCCGGGCAUGAUUGCCUCUGAAGAAGUGUCCUCGCCUGCACAGCCGGGCAGGCAGCGCCGGCCUUGCUGUUGA